UUCCUGUUAUUGCAUAGUUCUAGCACAUGGUGUCACUGCAGACCGUCACUUGCAGGUUAAAAGGAUUUGCUCUGCAGCCUUCCCUUCCAAACCGUGGAGGCAGUACGACGGUCAUUGAGACACGUUGAAGAUUAAUAUUUUGUGUGCAGUUUUCUGAACGCUAAGAAGGAAAAACUAGGUACACGCCUUUCUUUUUUUCACUAAAUUGGCAUUGACCAAGAUGGGACUUACAGGAUGUUUCGUGUGCGGACUUAUAUUUUUUAUAAAUUUGAUGGAUGCUGCGUUUGCUCAGAUUGUCUAUUCCGUUCAAGAGGAGGUAAAUAAGGGGACAUUUGUCGGGAAUAUAUCGAAAGACCUGAAUAUAAAUGUCCAUGACCUGGAAUAUCGUAUGUUUAGGAUUGUGUCAGGAUCUAAUAAGAAGUAUUUUGACUUGAAUCUGAAAACUGGUGCGCUGUUUGUUAGUGAACGAUUUGAUCGCGAGGAGUUAUGUCUGUCGAAUCCAAAAUGUUCUUUGAAUAUAGAGGCCAUCGCUAAAAAUCCUCAGCAUCUUUAUAGAGUGGAAAUUAAGAUAUUGGAUAUAAACGAUAAUGCGCCACAUUUUCCGGUCAAAGAAUUCACGUUGAAUAUCAGUGAAAUCGCUAGCCCAGGAGAGAGAUUUCCCCUCCCAGUGGCCGAGGACUCAGACGUUGGCAGUAAUUCGCUAAAAGAGUACAAACUGAGCCUGAAUGAACAUUUCCGUCUAGAUACACAUAGCGAGGAAAGUGUGUUUACAGAGCUCGUGCUGAACAAACCUCUAAAUCGAGAAAGGCAAGCGAUCAUAAAGUUAGUGCUUACCGGUGUGGAUGGAGGAAAACCACCUAAAUCAGGAACAUUAAAUAUUAUUAUACAUGUAAUGGAUGUUAAUGACAAUAAUCCAGUGUUCAGCCAACCUCUUUAUAAAAUCAAAUUGAAGGAGAAUGUUGCUAUUGGAACUAAAGUUAUAUCUGUGUCUGCCUCUGAUUUAGAUGAAGGAAUUAAUUGUGAGAUUGAAUACUCGUUUGUUGGUCUUGGAAAAAAGCAAGACUUGUUUACAAUUGUCCCAAAAACGGAGACAUUGUUGUAAAUGGAAAAGUAGAUUAUGAGGAGAAUCCUGCUAUUGAAUUGCGGGUUCAAGCCAGAGACAAAGGCAGUCCACCAAAGAGCACACAGUGUAAAGUUUUAAUAGAAGUGUUGGAUGAAAAUGACA